AGACACAGGUGCAAUGUGAACCUCCCCACGUCUAAUGCACUUUAAAACAUUACAGACAAUUGAAGUUUGAGGCGGAUUUUAGGGCACCUAAAAAGCUGCUGACGUCAUGGCAGAGUAAUUGGCCGAAUACAACAGGCCAGGUUCUAAUAGUAAAACAGCAGAUUGGGUGCCUAAAUUUAACUUGGAGGAGGGGGCGGAUAUCCAUGCCGGGGGAGACGCCACCGGUCAUGCCUGAUAAGAGACGCUGAUUGCGGCAAAGGACGGUCAGUGUGUGUGCGACAGAUUUCCCAAAUGUGGCGUCAUCCCUUUUUGAAGCUCCAGAAGCUUCUAUUAAUAUAAAAAAAGAUAGCACCGACAUACCUUCAGAGAGAGAGAGAGAGAGACGGAGAGAGAGGGAGCAUGAGAGAGCGAGAGAGAGAGGGUGAGAGAGUGAGGGAGAGGGCCAGCGAGGCAUAGAGGGAGAGAGCGAGAGAGCGAGAGAGCGGAGUACCGAAUGUGAGCUGAGGUCUGUAUCCCCUGCCGGUCAUACCGGACAGUGAAACUCGUGUUGCUCUCCGUGCCGCAGCAGCAGCAGCAGCGCGCGACUACACGCUCCUCGGUCGCCGUACGUUCACACUGACCGAACACUUCGGGGAUUUCACUAUAUUGUUUUUUAUCCGCCCUUAUAAAAAACGAGGAUACACGUUUGGCUACGGACGAGGAUCAGACUCGAAUUUACCAUGCCGGAGGAAAAAGUGUUACAGCAGCAGGCUGUCCACAGCCCUCUGGAGCAGCCAAAGCCCAAGCAAGGAGCCCAAGGUGGAGCAGGAGGAGGGGGAGGUGCAGGUGGAGGUCGCACGGGAGGAGGCCCCAUCCCCUGUCAGAACUGUGGCAAGCCGUGCAAGGGCGAGGUGCUGCGCGUGCAGAACAAACACUUCCACAUCAAGUGCUUCGUCUGUAAAGUGUGUGGCUCAGACCUGGCCCUCGGUGGCUUCUUCGUGCGUCAGGGCGACUACAUCUGCACCCUGGACUACCAGCGGCUGUACGGCACGCGCUGCUUCAGCUGCCAGGAGUUCAUCGAGGGGGAGGUGGUGUCCGCACUGGGCAAGACCUACCACCCCCGCUGCUUCGUCUGUGCCACCUGCAAACAGCCCUUCCCAGCUGGAGACAGAGUGACGUUCAACGGCAAGGAGUGUAUCUGCCAGCAGUGUACCCAGCCUCUGGCCCCCAACAGCCCUGCACCCAUCCAGGCUGUCCACAACUGCUGUGGCUGUGGGAAGGACUUUAAGAACGAGCAGUCCCUGGUGGCGCUGGACAAACACUGGCACCUGGGCUGCUUCAAGUGCAAGGUGUGCAGCAAGGUGCUCAAUGCAGAGUACAUCAGCAAGGAUGGGAUCCCGUACUGCGAGCAGGACUACCACGCCAUGUAUGGCAUCCAGUGCGAGAACUGCAAGAAGUUCAUCACCGGCAAAGUCCUGGAGGCCGGAGAGAAGCACUACCAUCCCACGUGCGCACGCUGUGCACGUUGUGAGCAGAUGUUUGGCGAAGGAGAGGAAAUGUACCUGCAAGGAUCUUCCAUCUGGCAUCCUCCUUGCAGACAAGCCGCCAGGCAGGAGGAGAAGAGCAAGGUGACCAGGACUUCUUCUGAGAGCAUCACCUCUGUCCAGGCCUCCAGUGCCUCCGGCUCACCCAGCAGGAUCAUCUACGCUAAACUGGGAGAUGAGACCCUGGACUAUAAGGACCUGGCCGCCCUUCCGAAGGUCAAGGCCAUCUACAACAUCGACCGGCCCGACAUGCUAUCCUACUCCCCCUACGUCAGCUUCCCCUCAGAGGAGAGGGCCUACAGCGAGUCCUCAUUGCCACUCACCCCUGCUUCCGUGGAGGGGGAGGGGUCCCCGCGGCAGCGGAGACCCUCCAGCCCCGGCUCCAACAGCUCUCUGGGGGGCUACGGCCGCAACACCCCCACCCGCUCCCCCCAGAACUACAGCCGCACAGGUCCUGAGGCUAACGUCAGCGCUAGGUACAGCGGGCAGGCCUAUGAUUCCAACUCCCUGCCCCUGCCCCCCACCCUCAAGUACCCCUCCUCCACCAUGGCCGGCGGCCCGUCCCCCAUCCCCGGGUACAGCAUGGGUGGUGGCGGGGCGGCCAACAGUAGAUGCUGCUCCCCCACGCCACCGGGGGGCGGCGGAGCGUUAGCCCUGCACCUCAACCCCACCACCCUGGCCAUGCUCCAGCAGCACAACUACAUCCCCUAUUACAGAGGCAGUGAAAGCGGUCGCAGCACCCCCAGCCUGUCCACGUAUUCCGAUGGGAAGUCGCCUUCCUCCGCCACCACCUACAUGGCCGCGCCCCGCCACUUCCACAUACCAGAGACUAAGGUCAAAGAUAAUAUCUAUAGAAAACCCCCCAUCUACAAACAGCAUGCCUCUAGAACAUCGUGGCAGGAUGGGGAGGAACCCAAGAGAACCAGCUGGAUGAUCCUGAAGAACGAGAUUGACGGACAGCCCGGAUCAGAGGAGCUGGACCCCCGCAAGUCCACCUGCAGCCUGCCCACCGACAUCUCCCAGCCCAACUUCCCCUACAAUAAAUCGGCCUCCUUGCCAGGCUAUGGAAGAAACGGAAUAUACAAGGCUGCGGAGUUGCCUGAGGAUGAGGUAGACACCGACUGCAACAGCUGGGGAGGAAUGAGAGGCAGUGAAAGCGGUCGCAGCACCCCCAGCCUGUCCACGUAUUCCGAUGGGAAGUCGCCUUCCUCCGCCACCACCUACAUGGCCGCGCCCCGGCACUUCCACAUACCAGAGACUAAGGUCAAAGAUAAUAUCUAUAGAAAACCCCCCAUCUACAAACAGCAUGCCUCUAGAACAUCGUGGCAGGAUGGGGAGGAACCCAAGAGAACCAGCUGGAUGAUCCUGAAGAACGAGAUUGACGGACAGCCCGGAUCAGAGGAGCUGGACCCCCGCAAGUCCACCUGCAGCCUGCCCACCGACAUCUCCCAGCCCAACUUCCCCUACAAUAAAUCGGCCUCCUUGCCAGGCUAUGGAAGAAACGGAAUAUACAAGGCUGCGGAGUUGCCUGAGGAUGAGGUAGACACCGACUGCAACAGCUGGGGAGGAAUGAGAGGUACGAAAACCACCCACUCACUCUCUGACUCACUUGGACCCUCGCUGUUUAACACUUAACUCUUCAUCUCUGUC